AUGGAUAAAAAUAAAGUGUUUCAAAUUUUCAAUUUUAAAAGUAAUAAAAAUGAAGUCUUGUGUAAAAAUAAUGAAUUGUGUACCAACAUUAAACCAUUUAAACCUCAAGAAGCACUCGAAAAUAAUUCUGUUGCUGAAGUUGACCCUGAUGAUCCACUCGUUUUACCGGAUGUACAAAAGUUGCCUUCUGAGGUUAAUGAUAUCGGAGAUAUAAGUACAGGUUUGAUUCGACCAAGGUACAGGUAUGUUUUCAUUAAUUAAUUUAUAAUUAUAAAUAUUACGUGGUUAUUAUUCAAAUUAUAUUUUAUUUUUAAGAAAAAUAAAGGAAGUUACUAUUCACUAGUUUCAAUGUUAUUACUUAUAACUUAUAAGUCAUAAGUAAUUAUUAAUAUUAUAACUUAUAAGUAAUAUAUUCAGUAAUAUUCUAGUUAUAAUUCAUAGGCUCAAUUAUUCAUUUUAGACAUAUCCAAAAACUGUUUUUGGCAAACAAAACAGGGGAUUUUCAUCUACAUUGUUUGAUGGUUUUCCUUGGCUUGAAUACAGUAUUCAAAAGGAUGCUGUGUUUUGCUAUCCAUGUAGAGUGUUUGGAACUGGUAGGUCAGAAGAUACUUUUGUUUCCAAAGGGUUUAGAAAUUUGGAAAAAGGUAUGUUUUAUUUUUUUUUUAAUUAUUCCAAAUAGAUUUGAACUUCUUGAUUUUUUUUAUUUUAUUUACCUAAAAUAUUAAAUUAUGUAUUUAUAUUUUUAAAUAGAUUAGUGGAUCCAUUUCUAAAACUUCCAAAUUUAAUUCAAAGUCAAAAUUAGAAAUUCAUGCCACAACUAAACAACAUAUAAUUAAUUCAGAAAAAUGGGUCUCAUAUACUCAGAACUUAAAAUCAGGCUCUGUAUACACUCAGAUGGCAAGUGCAUAUCAUGAAAAAAUAUUAAAAAAUAGAGCUUACAUAAAAAAUCUGAUUGACAUAGUUUUAUAUUUGGGACGGCAAGGACUAGCAUUCCGUGCGCAUAACGAAGAAAAAACAUCAAUUAACCAAGGUAUAACAUUUUAAAUUCAGUUUUCAAUAUUAUGGGUUUAAAAAUAAUACUUUUAUUUUUAAGACGUAUCAGUAACAAAAAAUGAAUUUUUUUUUCUAUUUUUCUAUUAAUAGAAGUCAACAUUUAUAAUAUAAAAUAUUAUUCUUAUGCCAUACUAUAAUUUUAUUUUAGGUAACUUUAAAGAAGCUUGUGUUUUACUGUCUAAAUGUAAUGAAGAAUUUUCUACUAUAUUUAAUGAAAAAACACUCUAUACAAGUUGGUCAAUCCAAAAUGACCUUAUAAACAUCUCUGCUCAAAUGAUAAAAAACACGAUUGUCAAUGAGCUGACAGAAAUUGGAUUUUGUAGUGUCAUAUGUGAUAAAGCAAGGUAAUAUAAAAAUGAAAUACAAAUAUUGUGAACUAUACUGAUUGUUUUAUCUUUUUAGGUGUUUCAGACAAGAGCAGAUGUCAAUUUGUGUACAUUACGCUAAGAAUUUAAAUGUUUAUGAAAGAUUUUUAGGUUUUAUUAAUGUGUCCGAGAAUCAAAACGCAGAUGCUUUGGCUACUGCUAUGGUCAAUUUUUUUGAAAUAAAUAAUAUAAAUGUACCUAUUGUAGCCCAAGCUAUGAUGAUGCUAAUGUUAUGUUGGGUAAAUUCAAUGGAGUACAACAAAAAAUUAAAUCGAAAUACCCGUAUGCUGUAUAUACUCAUUGUAUGGCACAUCGUAUAAAUCUAAUUGUUCUAGACAUGUACAAAUUGGUAAAGGUAUGAGGAAUAUAAUAUUAACAAUACAAAUAACUAAUAACUAAUAAGAAUGCUUAGAAAAAAUAAUUAAAAGUAUUCAUUUUUUUUUUAGGAUACUAGAAUAGUAUUUAAUUGUCUUAAGACAUUAUAUGUUUAUUUUUCACACCUUGCUAAUGAUGCAAAAUUUACUGAGAUUCAAGUAAAAUUAGGUAUCAAAAAAACUUCCCUGACUCGUUUAAGUGAUACGCGUUGGAAUUGUCGUGUAAGAAACUGUGUUGCUGUAAAAUUAAACUUUAAAGCUAUAGUUACAUUGUUAAAUGAUGAAAUCAAUUCUUCCACAAAUAAAGAUGUUGUACAAGCAAUGGGUAAGAAUAAUACAUUGAUUUUACUUGAAUUAUAACUAUUGUAAAAUAUAAAAUAUAGAUAUUAAAACUAUAAUUUAUUACUUUAUAGGCAUUAUGACACUUAUUAAUAAACCAUCAUUUAUUGCGAAUCUCUUAAUUUUGGAAGAAAUAUUACAAAUUAUAAAUAUAUUAUCUACUCAGCUACAAAAAAAAGAUGCAACAUUAGGAAGCGCUGCUACUUUAAUUGAAGGAGUCAUUAAAACCUUUGAGUCCUUACGCACAGAAGUUGAAUUUCAUAAUAUAUGGGAAAAGAUAAUCAAUUUUACCAAAAUCAAUAAUAUAAUAACAGAUUUCCCAGGUAAUAAAAUUAUAGUUUGUCCUACACUUAUUCUAUAAAUUAUAAAAAUGAAGAGUUGUUAUUAAUUGGUCAGGACAAAUAUAAAUGUGACAUGUCUUAUCAUUAAGAAUUUGCUAUUUUAUGAUUUUUGAGUAGUUUAAUUUUUAUAAGUUAAUUAUUGUUACUGUUUUACUAACUACUGUAUUAUAUUAUAAAUACCUAGGUAUCUAUCUGGAAGUAUGUAGUAUUUUAAUGUUUUAUCUCUAUUAUUUAUUAAAAUAGGUCCCAACAGUAACACAAAUAAACGUCAACGUCAAUCAACAAGUAAUUUAGAACAUUUUCAUGUUUUUGCAACUACAAGUUCUGAGCAAAAAUAUCAAAAUGAGUUUAAUCAAUUGAAAGGUUAUUGGAGGACUCAUUAUUAUCAAAUUAUAGACACUUGA